UCUAUACUAGCUCGUAAAAACGAUAUUGGAUAUUGGAACUAAUGUAUGACAGUCAAAUGCGGCAUUAUAUCGAUAUGCGUUACUUUAACGUUGGGGCGUGUUUCGCGAAAUCACUUGUGUUUCAGAAAUUUAAAUGAGUACACAGAAGGGUAACGUUCAGCGUAAGCGCCCUCAAAAGUACAAAAAUACCAAAGCCUUCAAGAACGACUUGCAUGAUACAUCAAAAGAAAUCAAACAGCUCAACAGCGUGACUUUUGAUAACCUGUGUUCUAGAUGUGCAGAGAUUAUACAGUGGAGAGUUAAGUUUAAAAAGUAUCAUCAGUUGACUAAUCCGAAAGUCUGUGUGAAAUGCAAUGAAAAGACUGUUAAGCAAGCCUAUCAUACUGUUUGUAAAAAUUGUUCAUCCGCACUGAAAAUCUGUGCUAAAUGUGGAAAGUCCAGUGAAACUAUUGCUUUUGAUACUACAGUGAAGCAAGAAGACAUCAAUCAAGAAUUUCUUGAUGCUAUAAAAAAUAUUCGUGAGAGAGAACGCCGUACUCUACUACGUAUGGCUCAGUCAAGUCAAAAUUCAACGGGAAUUAGUGGCACUGAUGAAGCUGAAGGAAACCUUUCAAGCCAUGAGGGUGAUUUGACCGAUUCAAUCAAGGAGAGAUUAUCUAACAUAAAGUGCGAUGACGACAGUGAAUAUGCAUCCAGUUAGCCGCAUGGAAACAACCAAGUUUUUCUGUAACUAAACUGUCAGCAGAUGUAAAUACAGCAAAUUCAAAGCCAUUCGUUUGUAUGUUUUUAUUAACUGUAUUCAGCUUUGCUUUGGUAACACGCGCUAUCUGGUGACCUGAAUAAAACGGUAGAAAGAUUAAUAGUCAGUUGUUUACUUCGUGAUGAACAAGUUUAUGGUGUAGAUCAUUCAGAAAUCAGAUAAUUCAUGAUAUGAUGCCAGUUGGCUGUUCUAAUAAAAUCUUAUUCAGUCCUGAAGUAAAAAGUGUAUUUCUUAUUAUCCAGGACUUAAC